ACCGUAGUGUAUGGAAUACGAGAUCACGGGUGUUGGCGUGUGUGAAAUUUCGAUCGAAAAUGUGCGAUGCUUUCCUGAGACGGAUAUCGAAAGAGAGACUGCAACGACGACGACGAUUCCAGAUGCUCACUGGACUCUUUCGUAAUCGCUAGUGCUCUAAUUGUGCUCAUUAAUUGUGAUAAAAUACGCAACGUAUUCGAAAUGCUUUGAAAAUUUCGCAUUCCGUAGCCGUUUUAAUCGCGAGAGAGAGUGAGAGAGCGAGAGUAAGAGAGAGACCGUGUGUGAAAUCGAUAAGAGUUUCUGCGUAUGGAUGUGCCGCCGACCUUUGCCUAGAGUUGCAGAUAAUUACAUAAAUAGGCAUUGCGCUAAUUUCUCUUCUUCACAAAAUUUUUCCUGACUGCAUAUUUAAGAUGAUCAAAUCGAGUUUAUCUUGUAAGCGGAAGUUAAGUUUGGAUUCUUGGUGAUUAGGAUCUGUUGCUCUUUUUCACUAGCAACACAUCAAGAUGACAUCAACAAAGUCUAAAGAAGUUGCCGAUGAGUACAUCUCAUCUCUAUCUGAUCUAUCGUUCAACAGUAAGCCGCUUAUUAACAUGCUCACCAUGCUGGCAGAAGAUAACAUUGAACAUGCACCAGCGAUAGUGCAAGCUGUCGAAACUCAUCUACAAAAGGUGAGAAGCGAUAUCAAGUUGCCAGUACUCUAUCUCAUCGACUCGAUUGUCAAGAAUGUGAAUGGAGACUAUUUGAAUCUCUUUACGCAAAAUAUAGUGAAUACAUUUUGUGGAGUGUUUGAGAAGGUCGAUGAGAACACAAGAGCCAGCAUGUGGAAGCUACGGCAAACGUGGAAUGACGUAUUUCCACCAAAGAAAUUGUUUUCAUUAGAUGUGCGAGUACAAAGUAUCGAUCCCGCAUGGCCAGUCACUGCCCCUUCUGCUAGUAUUUCUUCAGGUUCUAUACACGUAAACCCGCGAUUUCUUUCAAUGCCUCAACAACAAGCUGCAACGUCAAUUGUGCAGCCAAUAGUGCCGUCUGUCAAAUUACCACCGGGAGAACCGGCAACAACAACAGAAGCAGCUAUGCGAGAGCAACUGUUGAAAAAGCAACGGGAAUUAUUAGAAUUGCAAAAGAAGAAGAUUGAACUGGAACUGUUGCAAGCGAAAGCAAGUUUAGAGCAACAACAGAGACAACUCGACAAACAAGCUGGUAGCUUGAAGACAGAAGUGGUUAUACCUACUGCUCACAUCCCGCCAACCACGGAGGCAGCAGCGCAAGGAAAACCCAUAGCACCUGUGGUACCAAAUCAAACGCCGCAACAAGUAGCAAAACAGUUUCCUGCGGCAGCUGCGUCGCUUUUAAAGAAUGCAGGAGCAAACAGCGGUCCACGAAUUGCACCAGCUAGUAGUAUAGCGGUAGCGUCGGCUAAACCAGUCUCGCGAGAUCCACGUUUGAAACCCACUCCUGCUGUUCAGGAAGUGGCAGUACCAACAGUAGAUCCACGACAGCGAGCGGGUACGACUAGUCCAAAAGAACAGCGGAAUGAAGGCCAAACGCAGCCUGUCGCAAAUAUCAUUGUAACUUCAAACCUAUUAAAACAGCAGUUAAUUUCGAAACCGGCUGUAACUAGCACUAUCAACAAGCCUCCGGCAAAUCCUGCCGGUUCCGAUAAUCCAACGUUAUUAAACGUUAUUAAUAAUAACAAUCAUACUGAUACGAAUCUCAACAAUAAUAAUAAAAAUUUCAGUGGUAACACAAAUAAAGAUGCUGUCUCGCAUCGAACAAAGAAAGACCCUCGAUUUUCAGUAUUGUCAACCGAGAACAAUCGAGGAAGUGGAAGCGGUGAGUCCAACAAGUCGAAAGAAUCGAAGAGCUCAAACUCACGCGGCUCUUCCUCGUCUUCGACGUUCGAUAAGUCUUCCACUUCCUCCAAGUCCUCGCAUAGGAAAGUAGGCAUUAAGUCGCGAUCUAAACAGCCUUCGAUGUGUCCAAGUAAGAUUCCGAAAGUCGACAGAGACUCGAGUCCGGUUAGGUCAAAAUCUCGCGAGAAAGACAGCGAAGAUAGUUCACCGUCCUCACGUACCUCUCCACAGUCCUCCUUCCAAGCCUCUAAAAACCGUAAGAAGAACACAAAAUCGAGAAAACGUAGUCCAAGUCCCCCGUAUAGAAUUCCCAGGCGUAACGAUACGAAAUCGAGUUCAAGUUUGAGCAGUUCUGGUGGUGUUACUGAGGAGGAGCAAUCUGGUUCGCUGAUAGUAUCUCCUCCUCAUCCACCGGCAUUCAAAGAGAUCAGAUCAAACGCUAGACAGAGAAAUUAUGUAAGACGAAAUAAAGACGACAGUCUUAGUCCUGAACGUUCUCCAGCCAGUGCUGGAAAUGCUCAAAUCGCUGCUGAACCGACAUUGGAAUCCUCUAGCAAAGACGAAGAUCUCAGGGCACCGCUGUCUCUACCAGGCACCACUAUUUCCGUACCUGAAAAGAAAGAGGAUUUAGAUCUACGAGUAUUACCAUCUGUUAACACUAAUAAGAGACGCAGUGAUGAGCACACAGAAGGAACCCCGUCUAAGAAAACUAAGGCUGAGAAGUUUGAUGCAUUAUUUGGUAAUGAAGAUGUAGAUUUGCGCACUCUGACACAUCCUAAAGCCGGUCGACCUCCGACACCUCCGCCGCCUGUGAUUUCCGGAGAAGAUGGAAAAGAUAGCUGGGCGAAGUUAAAGACGCCAACAAAGAAUGAUAGAGAUAAGCAAAUUAACAAUGCCGACGAAAAGCGCGAGAGGGACCGUAAUAGAGACAGGCUGGGUCGUCUCAGACUUUAUAACAAGCUUCCGGACGAUCCUAAAGAAAGAAGAAGAACAUUGUCGAACGAGGAGCAAGACGUCAGACCGGGACGCAGAGGUCGGGAAAAUGACAAGCCUGAGAGAAAUGACGAUAGAAAUAUCGAGAUAAUAAUGAAACAAGCUGCCGAGCAAUUGAAUCAAGGCUCGAUUACGAAAACACAGUACAACACCUUGAUACAAGAAGUGUUGCAUAUGAGUGAGGAUCGGAAAUUACGUGCCGCACAGCGCAAGGAGAAAGAGGGUACUAUAAUAUGGGAGAAAGGUAUUAACAUGGACAUGUCCGGUGCUGCGGAUCGCGUCGCGUCGUUCAGUCCGUCUAACGAUAAGGAAGUGAUAAGGAAUAAGGAACAUCCGAUACCGCGAAACCCGAACGGGCCGCGAUGGAAUCAACCGUGGCAACAGCCUUGGGCGCAUCCGCCGGGGCCGUACGGGCCGCAGGGCCACUUUAAUUCGGACAUGAGAUCUGUCGCACCUUGGCAGAAUCCGAGACACUUCGGACCGAUGAGGCCGGAUUACCAAUAUCACGGCGCCUUCAAUCACAACAUGGGGCCUAAUCCGCGCUUAGGGCCCGGCAUGAUGGGUCCGAUGGGCCCCAACGGACCGAUCAUGUCGAAUCUUCUGCCGAACGGCCCGAUGGGACCGAUGGGACCCAUGGCGAACCCUUCCAUGGCAAUGGGAUGUCAUCCCGCGAUGAUGAUGAAUAACGGACCGAUGACGAAUCUCAUGACCAAUCCGAAUAUACCGCCCUUGGUGUCCGGUAGGAACGCGUCACCGAACACAUCUGCCAAAUACGAUCUCGAAGACAGUGACCAGAGUUACGGCAACGUGGUGAAGAACGCGGGAUCGCAUAAUCGCGAAUUGCCGCCGCCGGAUUCGAAGUUGCUCACCGAGAUAGCGAGAGACACCAUGAAGUCCAUAAAUAUCGAUAAUAUACCGCGAGAAAUUCGGUACUACGGACAGACGGGUGUGGUCUUUAUGAAUUGGGAUGAUCCGCGGGAAAUUGGUUUCCAGGACGGCGUGAGAAGAAUACUAAUCGAUGAGAAAGAUACUAUAACUUGCGCAUUUAACGAUCAGUAUAAGGAGUUUAUAUACGAGGGAGAAGUACACAGAAUCAAACUAGGUGCGCCUACUCGAGAAUUGUACAUCGACGAUCGCUGGUACGAGUGUUAUUUCGGUGGUAUGCCAAUAACGAUCGAGCUUGGCGGCAAAAAAAUUAGUGUGAAAUUGGAAGGACCACCGCCGCAAGUUAAAAUCGGCACUGUAAAGAGAAUAGAUCUUGUGGUCGCAAAAAUCAAUCUCAUCAUUAACGCGCGAAAUAUGGUGCCAGUAUUUUUGGACGCAAAACCACAAAUAUUCGAAAUCGAAGGGAAACCCCAUACACUGGAAUUCACAGACGCGUUACAGACAGUUCUUCUAAAUGGACGACCGUUUAAAGUCGAAUUCGGCGGAUUGCCCAAACCUAUCGUUGUCAGAGACAAAAAGCAUUUUAUUAGAUUUUCAGUUCUGCCAAGAGGUGUGCGUGCUGGUCAUGUUAAAAUUAGUGGGAUGAGAGGCGAAGAUCCUGUCGAAUCACCACCAACAACACCUGUGAUUGCUCAAAAACCGAAGGUGGACGCUGCAGCUACACCAAGUCAGGCACCGGUUGUAGAACACGAAUCUACAUCGCAAGAUGGCUCGGACUUCACUUCCACCUCCAAACCAGACUUGCAAUUGGAUAUGUUGUCGUCAGUUCUACCCUCGGCAAUGGCACCAUCGUCUGGUUUGUCAUAUCAAGCCGAACCCGCGGAGAAUCCACCCGCACCGGCGCCAGUAUUGCCAUUGAAUAUGAACGAAUUGUUCCAAAGACUGGUCGAAACUGGUAUUGUUCCAAGCCUUACGGAACAAAAGAAGCAAGAAGAAGAAGAGAAGAAAGAACCAGAGAUUAUUCCUGUCUGCUUCGAUAAGCCAGAGACUCUUAAAGUUAAGCAACCAGCCAUUGCCACGGCAUUAUAUAGCGGUAUGCAGUGCAGUUCUUGUGGAGCCAGAUUUGCACCUGAGCUAGCCACUCGAUACAGCCAUCAUUUAGAUUGGCAUUUCAGGCAGAACAGGCGUGAACGAGACUCUGCGAGAAAAGCGCACUCUCGACCUUGGUAUUAUGAUGUCAGUGAUUGGAUACAAUUCGAGGAAAUUGAAGAUUUAGAAGAUAGAGCGCAAAGUUGGUUUGAGACUGAAAAACAGACGGCGGAGACGGAAGGUGUGGUUGCCGACGAUACACCUCAGGAAACGUUACAGCCUAGCGUGCCGACUGGCAGCGAUGAAGAUUCGAGAUGUCAAGUUUGUCAUGACGCAUUUGAACAAUUUUACAAUGAGGAAAAAGAGGAAUGGCAUUUGAGACCGGCGAUUAAUUACGAGGGAAAGAAUUAUCAUCCACUCUGUCUGGAAGAUUACAAGAGAGCGUUGGAAAAGUCGGCCUUGACACUUGAGGAGACAGUUGCAGAAAUUGAGGAAGGUAAAAUAGAAGGUUCCGAAGAAGCGGCCGGAGUUGAGUCUAAACAAGAAGAAUCCAAUGUAGAAGUGUUGAAAAAGGAAUCUGAAUCUACAGAAAAUACGGAACAAGUGGAGGAAAAUUCUAUAGAACCCACUACAUCAGAAAAUAAAGAAGAAUCUUCUAAUGUGGAUAAUUCCGAAGUCGUGCAAAAUGAUGCAGAGGAGAAAGAAAAGGUAGAAAGUGUUAAUGAAGAAAAUGCAGCUUCGGACGACGUCGAGAAAGACGCGUCUGCGAUAAAUGAGGAAAAGAAAUCGCCGGAUGAAAAUGUAAUCAUGCCAUUCGAAAACAUUAAGAUUAAAGAGGAACCAUUGGAUUACGUUAGCGAAGAGCCCGACAGUGAAAUGUUCGUGUUUUCCAAUUUGGCAAUUAAAGAGGAGCCUAUAGAAUCCGAACCUGAUCCCGAAGAAAUUGUAAACGAGCAGGCUAUGGUUGAUACGACGCACGCUGCAAUGAAAAGUUCCAUCGACGGAAAUGUGGAAUUGGACUCGGCACCGUCAGCUAUUCCCGCGGCUCCGUCGCGAAUUAAGAUCAAUAUCACUAAACCGUUGAGUUCUAACAAAGAGUUGUCUGAAGAGAAUAAAGAAAAGGAAAAGGUAGCGAUUGAAACGCCCGUAGAGGAAAACGCGGAACAGCCAUUAGUACCAGCUUCCAUUAAACCGAGUUUACAGGGUAGGAAGCUAUCGAAUUUACCUCCUGUGGAGAAAGGACAAGAGUUGUCAGGACUCUGCUCCAUCAUGUAAAUAGUAGUGUACAGUUUACAAAUGAGUCUCCAUGAUAAUACGUGUAUAAAGUAUUAAAUUUACACUUAAUAUAGAGCACUUGAUUCUAAGUUUAUACUUUGUACAUCAUAAUUUUGUACAGCUUGUACGACAUGAUGUAUAUGCUUUUUUACUCGUAGACAUUGUUUUUUAUUCCUUUUUGUAAUAUCGUUGUUACCAUUUAAGUAAAUUUAUAAGUAUCUGCUAUAAGAAUCUGUAUUACGAUUGUAAAUUUAACUUGCAAAUGGAAAUAAUUUACAAACAGAGAUAAAAAUCUUUAUAUGGAAGUAAACAUCACGUCGUACAAGUUAAAAAAAAAUGCGUGUGUGAGAAUGAAUGUAUCUUAAUUAUUAGCGUCUCGACACGCAAAAAAAAGAUGGAGCUGUACAUAUUUCGUGUAAAUUAGCUAAGUACGAUAUAUUAGCAUUCCCCGCGAGAGUAAGUGUAUGAUCGAGUGAAAUUGAUUUGAUCGCAAAUCUUUGUGAAUUUAAUGAUUUACAUUCAGUGACGAUUUCAAGUGUUACUUGUGCUUAUGUAAAUUUGAUGAUGAUCAUUUAUACUAAUUGAGAACUUUAAGUAUUUAUACUUCUAUACAACGGCGACAACUCUUGGAAACAAACGUGUCCAGUGAGUUCGUUUGGAGCAAGGAGAUUCAUUUCAAGAUGUAAAAAUUAUGUGAUAUAUGUGUGAGUUGUCUACUUGUAUUAUACAUAUAUAAAUAAUCAGCGGAAAAACAAUGACGUCGGUAUCAGAUAAGAUUAGAUGAGCAUUAUUUUGUUGUAUAAAACAAGAUUUGUUUAUUACAGGUUUGACUUCCUUUUUAAUCAACCUUUCUACGAUAUCCUUUAAGACAAUUAUAACUUCGAAACUAUUUAGGAUAUUUGAAUUCAUAAGGACAUUUCGACAACAAUAAAGACAUUGCUAAAAAGUU